GUCAUCGUCGUAUCUAUGUAAUUUACUAUCUAUAAAUUCUGCACAUGCGUGAACCCAUUUUAUUGCAUGUAAACAUGGCGGAAAGGAGUCCUGGGAAUUAACGAAAGGCUUGAUAAAACUAAGCAAUGGAGCACCAGGCGCAGCUUAAGGAUAAGAAAUACAGGAACUGGGUGAAAGCAGGACUAGGUCUAAAAUACGUGAAAGAAGGCUUGGAACCUUUCUGCGAUCAUCUUGUUAACCAGCAGCAUACUGCUAUCUUAGAUAAAGUUAAACGGAAACACAAUCUUUCGACAGUGACAUGUGGACGUUGCGAUGUACGCACACUCCAGCCUGACCAUAUCCAAACCAAAACUAGGCAAUGUCCUCUCGGUCAAAUGUACUGUAAUUGCCUACAUUCACGCGGGAAAAUUUCAUGUGCAAAAAAGGUAUGUGGCGCCAUCUAUGAUGAAAUUAUUCAACUGCAUGCUUCGACCCCUCCGGCGCCGUACUGGAAAAACACAGAUGCACAGCAGUGGUGUACUGAACCGUGGUCUGUCGCAAAGUGUUUCAUAAAUGCACCUGGAUAUGAACACAAGAUAAGAGCAGUGGAGUUUGACUGUGCUGGCUUGUUGCAUGUACUACUUAACAACAUAGAAUUUCAGCAACACAUCAAGUGUGCGAUAACUGGUACAGAUGUUUUCUCGAGGGUACGCAUGUCUAGAAACGAAAUAUUUCAUUCUAAUAGCAUGGAACUAGAAGACAAUGCGGUUAACAGUUAUAUUGAUGAUAUGAUAGAACUGUUGAAAGAUAAAAUAGAAAUUAAACACAGGCAAGAAUCUAAAGCUGCGGUCAAAAAGCUUCAGAAGCUAAAGCAGGAAGAUUUCAUUAUAUCAACUACAGACGAGGCUGAAAUUCGUCGUGUUGCGAUGGCUGCUGUUAAGGAAAAGGAAAAAGAACUUGAGCAGACGAUAACUAAUGCAGGAAACAAACUUAGGACUACAGCUGAAAGAGAAAGACAUGAUAUUGAGGGGAAAGGUUUAGCUAUUAAAUCUGAACUCGAGCAGACAGGACAAAACAUUGAGAAGAAAUUGGUGAUAAAAGAAGAUGAGUCAAAAAAGAAACUCGAACAAGAAGGAAUCGAAAUAGAAAAGCAACUGACGAGGAAAAAGGUAGAAGCAGAAGAACAACUAGAGCAAAAGCUUCAAGAAUCGAAGUUGCAGCUAGAGGAUAUUGCUGAGACUAAACGACAAGCUGAGAAAAGCAAACAGAAAGUAGGUAAUUUUAUUUAUUAUUUUUGAAAAUCAAAUUUAAAAGUUGUUGGAAUCUGAGAUUGUGAUUGAUUUCUUUUUAUUGUCAAGAUUGAGAAUGUAAGACAUAUAUACUCACUGACGUUACUAGCUGUGACAUUGCGAUUUUAUGCAUGCAGAAAAAGCGUUAGAAGUACAAAAUAUUUUUGUCUUAGUUUGUAAAACGUUUUGAAACUUUAAUGCACGGCAAUAUUUUGUAUAACCCGCCCGCUUAAAUCAAUAAGGAGAGCACUGAUAUUUGAAUCGUGGGAUUGAGAAUUCGAAGCGCAUAUUUUCCGUGAUAACUUGUUAAAAGUUUGUAUCUCGGACAGAAUAACUUGAUUUUUAUCUCUGAUUCUAGUGGAAAAGUUGGCAGAUGCGAAUGCAAAACAGAAUAGUACUGAUAAAGAAUCCAAGUUAACUGCCGUUACACGGCGCUGAACCGAAAAGGAUCGCGAGUCCAAAAGUGGCCGUUUGCCUGCUGUUCCUGACAACGGCAUGCCUAACUAUGGUUCAAAAUAUAGUUUCGUAAAACUUUAAAUAAUGUGUGUGCAAUUCAGGAAAAUACAAUUGACUUAUCUCGACGGUUUUUUUAACCAGUUCUGCCUAAAUAAUUCCUCAUAAUGACUAAAUGCAUAUUAUUACGUACCGGCACUAAUAAUUUGCCUAUAGGCUGAACACCGCUAAAUCUGGCUUUAUUUUUUGGUUUUCUGUAAUAUCCUCUUCCUAAAUAAUGUUAUUUCCAUAUCCAUAAAGAACUAUUUGCUAUACAAAAGAAUAAGGGAAUGUUACGUUUUAUAGAAGAAAGUUGCGCUUCGCUCCCCAACUCCCACAAACCCAAAAUGUACUUCUGAUGUGUUUCCGAGAAUAUAGUUCUUACCCGGCUUAUUUAUCUGGCAUAUGAUAAAACUGUGGAAAUUUUGAUAGAGUGCUACAAAUACAUGUUACUAGGAAAUUAAUUGCACAGGUUUACAUUCGAGUUGGUAGUUUUUUUACCUAAAUACGACAACGGAUCGUCGGAAUAUCUAAUCAAAAACAAAUACCUAUGAAAGUAACAGAACAUUAUUAAAGGAGUGUCGCAGAUAUUAUGUUAGCAGAGAUUCGUUCUAUGCUGCAAUGAUAACAGUAUGUAUGGUGCCCCAUGGGACCAUCACAGACUACUAAUUAAAUUAAGUAUUGUUGAAACCACGAGACAACGACGUUGAGAAAUCGGAACAUCGAUGGUGGAAAUUCGACACUACGAUGUUAAGAAACCGAAACAAUGAAACACCGGUGGUGGAUUGAUUACUGUACCACGAAAACAGGAAGUUACUGCUCAGGUUUACAUGUACAUGUGAAGUAGUCCAAAAUAUAGUUCAAUGUUGCUGAUGGAAUCUUGUAUAAUAAAUCAUAUGAGAAUAUGUCAGUUAUAUAUACUUAUUGUAUUUGAAAAUGCUCACUCUACUUACUAAACUGCUAAACGGACCAAGAAAACCAUUUUUAACUGCAAAAUAAAUAACACAUAACAAAAAUUGAAUAAUUUAUUUACUUUUUUUAGGGAUACCGUUUUUAUUUAUUAUUUGUGGAAAAUACAUCAUCUUAUCUUGUUAUAUUUGAAGAAGUCAAUUACUUCUAAAGAGUCUAUAUAAACUGAGGAGGGUCUAUAAAAUGACCAAAGGGACCAAAAAAAACAUCAAAUUACUUAAGAAAGAAAAACAAAGAUUCAUAAGAUCCGGAGUAAAAUAGACUUCAUUUUUGGGGGUAAUGUUGUUAUUUUAUUUUCCAAAAAGGUCCUUUUCUAUUAAAUCAUUUUAUCCUUCUUUAUUCAUAAAGACAAAUUUAUAGAUAUUCCGUCAGGUCGGUGUUACUAAAGGUUCGUAAUAUUUUUUUCUUUACUUUUCAUCAUCAUGGCUUCGGCUUUUUGCCAUGAUUAACUUAGGUACAUUGACAUUCACCAUGAUUUAACCAUUCAAACAGUUUGUUUGAUGAUAUUUACAUGGAAUUAAAGGAAGAAGCAUUCUAAAUGAUGUUAUUAAUUAACUAUAAAAAUUCCCAAUCUGAGUAAAAACUCUGCUAUUUUCCCCAAUUUAUCUGGUACCGGACCUUUUCCCAAAAGGGAAAGAAUCAAUGACCUUAUUUUUGAAAUUUCCCAAUUUUCUGGUUUUACGUGCCAUUUUUCCCAACUGACUGGGCCCCACUUUUUUGAAAUGGUAAAAAAAUCCCCGAGUAAUUUAUAUUUUAUUUCAUAAUUUAAUACGGAAUAAAAAUCCAAUACCUUGACAGUUUCUCUUUGUUCUGAUAAUACACUUCAAAAACAUCAUAACAUUACGCUGCAACUGAUAAAACAAAACCGGAACUAGACAGUUUCCCUUGAGGCCAGAUAUUCCCAUCUGCACCUACAACCAGUGAAAGAAUCUUAUAAUAUUCUUUAAUAGAAUAAAAAAAAUGCCAAAUUGAGUUUUAAUUUUAUUGUAGUCUAAGAAUCAUAACAAACUGAUAUUACUUUCAGGAAUUAUGGAUUAUCAUUAAUAAUGCGAACAAUUGACAUUGUGUUAAUAACUUAAUAGAACAUCAAACUUCAUAAAAAUAAUCUGUAAUACCAGAUAUUGCCAUUAAAUUAUGAUAACACAACUUUUAUUUUUAUGGGGCACUGUUGGUUUAUCAAGAGAACUCAGCCUUUUACCCAUGUAUAAUGCGCAGUUUUUUGAACCCCUGGACCACCCCCGAAUCGUAGGUGCGCAUACUAUCAUUAUUAUACACAGGUAUAGACAAUUUUCCAACUUCAAAACAAGUAUGUUACCGAUGUUCGCCAUUUGGGUAAAGGGAAACUACUCCCCGCGCUUACUGUCACCGCUAAAAUCUAAGAUUGCCGUUAUGUUCCGUAAAAGAACGAAUGGUUUAUUUUUCUUUCAAACAAAAUUAAUUUCAUAUAAAUUUAAAAGUAUUUUGAUGAAAGAAAUGUUAAUAAAUCACAAAAAAUAUGAUACUAAUUAAAGAUCAAAAAUUAUCUUUAACCGAGAUCAAACUGUGAACAACAUAAUUGACACGGGGUGACACGUUAACUGCCGAUAAUUAUUGGCUAUUUGAUCGUGACAAAAAGACUAUCACACCUUUUGUUAUUGGUUUGAAUUGAGAAGCUCAUGUCAUUUUGAAAGAUACCAUUCCGAAAUAUUGAAUCAGCUGCUGUUUAUUUAUUCAAAAUAGUUAAUUAAAAAGUAAAACAACAAAUAAAACAAUAUUUUACUGGUUUUAUUUUCGAGAAAACAAAAAUCGAUAGUACCGCGAGACCGAUGCUGCUCUCCGCCGCGGAGAUGAAAUUUAUUACCGGUGUCGAUGUAAACUCUACUUUUGUUUUCCAUCUACCUCAAAAUUGACCAAAAAUGUUUUUUUCCCAGGAUUUUGGGCCAAAAUCGGGGGUGCGCAUUAUAAACGUGUGCGCAUUAUACAUGGGUAUCUACGGCAGAUAGCAACUAAGUUUUAAAAGAAUUUUUUCUAAGAUUGCUAUUAUGUAUAAAUACUGUCACGUCUGACUUCAUGUUGCACCCACAUAAUCUAAAUGCACUGAUACCAUGAGGCUGAAUGUUACGUUACACAGGAUUAAGGACACGUCACUGCUGAAACAGUUUAGUAUUAUUACAAUACACAGUCGGUAUUGAAAUUGUGUUUCCAAUACAGGUGCUCAUUAGAUAAAUCCUCAAUAUUUAAUUCUAUGUGAAAAUACACGGCUACUAAACGCUAGCCCCACCACCAAAUUGUGGUGAUAAGUAAAAGAGCUAUCGACAUUUCCGUGGUGCAGCUAUCGCCCGUUUCUACUUGUAAAUACGUGAGUAAAAUUUAUAUUUUAUCUUAUAUUUUUAUUGAUGGAACUUUUUUCGAAAAUCGGAGAAUGUAGUUCCAUGUAACAACACUUUUACUACAGGUUGGCUGUUAUUUCCUUGAAAUAAUAUGCAAAUUGUGGUGUCAGGAGCUUUUCUCCCGAAUGUGACAGUGGCACAUUUUCAUAUCGGCCAGUAUUGGAACACCAUUCCACAUUAAUAUUUGUGCUUGAAACUGCUUUGUUGGGCUCAACGAAAUCACAUAUUACUGUCUAUUGUUUUAGUUUAUUGUCUGUCAAUAUUAAGAUAUAAGAAUUGCUUCUUUCUGGUUGACAAAGGAAACUAUUUGGUUGAAUCAUAAUGUAACGGUUUUUGGAAAGAACUGAAUAUUCUUUGUUUUUUUGUUAUUCACCGGAAAUUCAAAAAGUGACAUCACUUUAAAUAAUGUGUAUUUUUAAAACUAUUUGUUACGUGUACAUGAACUGAAAAGAAACUUUGCAUUCCCGGAUUCAGAAAAUGGUAUUAGAGAAACAAAUUGACAGCAAAUUGAUCGUUGGAGCCCAUAGUGUCGAAUGUAUAUAAUGGACUAGUGGCCUCUGGUGCAUUUUGGGACUAGAUUCUGUGCACCCAGCGAUUUUUCCGUCAUCAGUCUAGUCUUGACACAUUUGAAGAAAUGAUUUGAUCUUGUUAAUUUAUUCUAAACAUUUAAAAACAUUUGCCUUUGUUCAUAAUUUUCAUAACAAAAGGUUGAAGAGCAAAACCGUCAGGCUUACUGUCAAAACUGAAAAUAUCAAAAAGAAAAAUGAAUGCAGAAAUAAGAUUCUGUAUGACUUGGUUUUCCCAUCAGAUAGGCAGCGCCUAAUUUCAUAAUAAUAAGGCCUAUUAUUAAGAAUUCAAGAUCUCAUCAGUACAAAUUGGUAUUCAAAACUUACAUCACAAAAUACUAUAAUAUUUGAAUUACGCAAUAAUAGUCUGAAUUAUACCGGGAUGUAUUUUGCAAGUGAUGCCUAUUAAGGAGUAAUUUCCUUUAAUUCUUCAGAUCUAUCCGAAACUUAGAAAACCGCGAAAACAGGUUAUGACAUUCUACUGGCUAGCUACCACCAAAUCCGGACGACCACCAAACCGGACAGUCCUGUAAACGCUUUUUUCAGUCUUUAAUCUUGUUAAUCUGUUUACGAUCAAAUGGAUGCUUGAUUUUCAACAACAGGGCAAAGUUACAACAGUUAAAUUUAAGUAUUUUACAAAAAAUGCUACAUUUCAUUUUGUCUGCGCUCAUGAAGCAUGUUUACAUGUCGGGGGAAGUCGGAAGUGGCGCGAUACACAUGCGCAGUAUUUCCGUGAGGUCCCGCCAUUAAGUCUAAAGGUCCCAUGCAAAUUUGAGGUAAGCAGAUGAGACUUUUAGUAAACACUCAUAUCAGGGAAAUACAGCUUUGAUAAUUUAGUGCAUGACUUUUACACACCCUAAAACACAUUUUCAUAUCAAAAUAUUAUAUUCGCUUCGAAAAGUGAAAUUUUAAAAGAUUUGGUUGGGAGAGAUACGAUCAAAUUUAUAGAUUCAAGAGGUAAUUAGUACAAUUCUUGGACUCAGAUACUGUACGACUACUUUCCAUUGGUUGAAAAUAAAGUUUAAUUCAAUGUUGAAUGUAAAUUGAAAAUCAAUAGUGACAACUCGCUGUCCAGAAGACCUUAAAAUAACGUGAUUCGGUGGCCCUUUGUGCAGGCCUCGAAAAAGUACCUGACCUAAUUUUAGAAGUAAACAAAUUAGCUUUUUAGUUAGGAGGAGAACCUAGCUUUGUUCACGUGAAAUUUCAACCACUAGAUAGAGGAUAUUUGUUUGUUUCAGUGAAA